AUGUCGUUCAAGCACACUUCUCGCCAAGACCCAACCUGCGUCACUAUCAAGAGGGCUGAAUAUGAUGGCCUGCUCCGCGAGUCUCGAGAGUAUCAUGCCCUCAAGAGUGCCUUGUACUCGGGCGGCAUCACUCCGGAUACGUUGUGUCUCCUGAUUGCUGGCAGCAUGCCGCCUGAAGAACAAAAGACCGACACCUUCGGGCCUGAGGCGUGGGCUGACGAGUUCGACGAUGGACUGCCGACGCAUCUUCAUCCGGAGCCACCAACUUUGGGUCGCCAUGCGUCCUACAGCUCUGCGCCGUGGAAAUCUGGUGCGUCAGCUCCUUUUCAUUCAGAUUCUGCCAUUGGCGGCCUCCACAACGGAGCACGCCAGCAUCUCUCAGCGUCGAAGCAGCUACCUUUCAACAACGUGUCUGCUUCUCAGCGCCAUGCCAGCUAUGGCGGUCCUAAUUUUUCGAUCGUGGAUGGUACCGAAGCUGAUAGCUUUAUGGACGAGGGGAACGGCAUCGAGGAGACGCCUGCUGGACCUGGACAACCCCUUCGAACACUUUACUUUACAGGGUUUGGCAGCCGCACGACCUAUCGCGACCUGCUCUCUGUCGUCAAAGGUGGCAAGCUGCUCACUGUCACCAUGCGAUCCGAAAAGAGCGCAACUGUAACCUUCCUCGAUGCUGCUUCGGAUUAUCUUGCAUGGGUCAAGCGCAACGACAUCUACCUACACGGCAAGCGUGUCGAGGUGAGAUGGGCUGAACGUCAGUUCACCCUCAAUUCGCACAUCCAGAACAAGAUUGACACUGGCGCCACCCGCAAUAUCCUCAUCCGCAACGCCACAGAGAAAGGGCUCACUGAAGCACGUAUUCGUGACGAUUUGGAGCACAUUCACAACUUGGUGGUCAUUGACGUCAAGUUUCGAGAUGGCAAUGCGUACGUGUACACCAAUGCAGUGCACAAUGCUCUCUUCGCUAGGACUUGCAUGAUGAGUCGAACGACGUACCGCGGCUGCAAGAUCUCAUUCUUCCCUGAUGAGUGCGACGUACCUCUGCCAACCCGUGCUAUUGCGCCAAAAGUCGCGCCAAAGGGUCCCACAGUCAAGAAUGUGACGCUGAACAACCGCUUCGAUAUGCUCGACCUCGACGACCAGAGCUCAUCUGCUCGUAGCAGCAACGAAGAGAAUCGUACGCCGAGGAGGUCAUCGUCGUUUGACAACGACGACGAUGACGAUGCCAUAGGACUGACCGCUCGACAUGGGGUCAGUCUUCAAUUUCUGGAGUCCGACAGCAACGCUUGA